GCAAGCAUUUUGGUGACAGAGGGAAGAGAAAAGUCUCUUUUAACAGGAAGAACCAGGCUUAAGGAGGGGUAGCCAUGUACCCCUUGGCUUGUUAGGGGUGAGGGGAGGAAGAUAAGUCACUGAUUUGCUGGAUUACCAGGUGGAUAAGUUAAGAUAAUAUAAUUACAUAUUUGGAAAAUUCUGAAUUUAUGACUCAUUGCCUAAAAUGGGUCAGAAAUAAGAAAGAAAUAACACAAAUGGCAACAAAAUAUUUAUUACAAAUGUAUUUUUAUUUACAAAAAACACACACAAACACAUUUUUGUUGCUACAAUCAGUUCUUCCAGACCUGCUUCCAAGUUCCAUGAAGGGUCCUAAUGAAAGAACUGAUACAAUCAGAAAAGUAAACAAAGUUAAGGCUGUUAUAACUAUUAUAACUGUUAUACUCAGCUGAUUUCACCUGAUACCCUGCACAACCUGUAUGGUUCACAGUGAAUGAUCCAAUAAAAAGAAAAUGUUCCCAAGGCAUCCCACCCCAAAAAAAUUGUCAAUGCCAGAGGUCAGAGGGAAACGGCUUGAUGGGCUGCAGCAGAAGACGACCACAUCAGGUGCCACUCCUGUCAGCUAAGAGGCUACUUCAGCAGGGUAACAUGGCAAGUCAUAAACCUCAAAUCUUAAACAUGAGAGUGAGUUUUCUGUACUCAAAUGUUCUCCACAAUACAAAAGGCAAGUUUUCAAAGUUUGACUGCAUAAAAGGUUGAGAAUUGCUUUAUACCUAAAAUUAAAUACUACCCUACGAGUCUACAAGUUAUAUCUGAAACUUAAUGCAGUGAACAACUUCUUCAACUUGCAGUUGCCUCAAAUUGUUUUGGCACGAUCUGAACAAGGUGAUAUUGAUAUUUAGUUACUCCUCCUGAACGCCAGAGGGCGCUGCAGUCCAAUUAGCGAAUUCAAACUGGCUGGUAAAUGGUGAGCGCGCGGGUGUUUUUAAAAGAAAAACAGGAAUACACAUAAACAUGGCGGCUGAAAAUAAUAACAGAACCGCUUCAGAUGUAAAUAGCAUCGAAGAAGGUGUCAGUUUUUCUAACAUUACCGCCGUAGCUACAGGAUGGAUGUCGGACUUCAUGUUUCUAAGUUUGUGUCGGCGUUUUAAGGAGAGCAAACGUGAUGAAUUCAACGAAACGCUCUCAGCUUUCCAGACCAUUCAGAAAUUAUCUCCUAAGAGAAAUGAGAAAGCAAAGAUCUGUGACUUCCUGGCAAGAGUCAUGCACGGAAAGCUGCUGGAUGUGCAGUUUGAAGAUGAUGCCUCUGUGAUGCCUCUGAUGUCGGCUGCCAGACUCUGGUCAGACCUCAAAAACACUGUGGCAGACGAAAGUUUGUUUAAAAACGUUGCCAUCCUUUUGAUUGUACAGUCUGUUGCUGUCUGCUUGGAGAAGGGUGAAAGGUCUUCUGCCUCCUCUGCCCUCAGGUGGUUUGAGAAUAACCUUGAACUUCCACAGGGUUUAAGAGUUAAGCUUUCGAAAAUAGUUGCACAGGCUGAGACUUACCACCCAUUCCUCAUGAGCUUCAGCUUCAGUCGCCUGCUAGAGACAGUCCAGUCCUACUUGGAUGCCUAUUUGGAGGAGAAUCCUUCUGACUACCUUCUCAAGGCAGCUUCAAAGAUGGUGCAGUCCUCACACAAAACUGAAGGUUUGGAGGACGAGGGGCCCCGGGACAGCUCUCUUUCAAAGAAGGCCAGUGAUGUCACGGAGGACAGAAAGAAAGGAAACACCACAUGUCACAGACCAAAACGGAAACUACUCUCAACCAUAAAUACAGAUGUGUGGAAGCCUGAUACAUGCAAGAAGCGUCAUUUUUCUCUACGUCGAAUCUCCAGUAAUGCAUCAGAGUUAUCCCAGAUGACAGAAAAUUCACCAGACACAAAAAAGGCACAAAAAACAAGAAAACCCCCUCAAAAAUGGACCUCCCAGCUGGACAAGUACCUCAAGGAUGGUGUUAAACGUCACGGGCAGGGGAAGUGGUCUCGUAUCUUAAUGGAUUAUGACUUUGAAGGACGCACCGGCACCAUGCUCAAAGACCGCUGGAGAGUUCUAACGAGGGCACAUGAAGUGGGAUAAAGACACACAGAGCUUCUCUAAUUCGUACAAUGUAGCAUUUGACCUGUAAAUAAAAUCACCUGAUUUUUCUAUUGA